UGGGUGGCGUCUAGAAGAGCUCACCAUGCUCACUCACUCUCACUCACUCACUGAUUCCCAUCGUGCACAGGCAAACUAGUUGUUGCCAGUCUUACCCCCUACUUCAACAAACAAGCCAAAAAGUGACCCAGUGGCCUUUAAACACGUUUUACUUAAUUUAAUCAAAGUGACUCACUCACUCCUGCGGGUGAAUGAGGUGCGCUCUUUCAUCUCCUGCAGGUUAGGGAAUUAUUGUCAAAAGUUGGCAACAACUAGUCUACCUGUGCACGAUGUGAAUCGGUGAGUGAGUGAGAGUGAGUGAGCAUAGUGAGCUCUUCUAGACGCCACCCUGGGCUUGCCGUGACACUGUUUUCGUUCUUUGCUUUGUAAACAACCACUGUAUUUACUUCAACUAUGAUUUAGUACUUGGAUGUAAAGUGAUUUCAAAGCCGCCGUCAUGAUGGCGCGCCCGAUGGUUCCGUCCCAGCAAAAGCUCGCGGAAAAGCUGACACUAAUAAAUGACCGAGGAGUGGGAAUGCUCACUCGCAUCUAUAACAUCAAAAAGGCUUGUGGUGAUACAAAAUCUAAACCAGCUUUCCUCUCAGACAAGACCCUUGAAUCUUCUAUCAAAUAUAUUGUGCGAAGAUUUCCCAACAUCGAUACCAAAGGGCUCCAGGCAAUAACACCAAUUCGGAGUGAGAUAAUUAAAUCACUGUCUCUUUAUUAUUAUACUUUUGUUGAUUUACUGGAUUUCAAAGACAAUGUCAGUGAAUUGCUAACGACCAUGGAUGCUUGUCUAGUUCAUAUGGAUAUAACUUUAAAUUAUGACUUAACGAAAGCAUAUCUGGAUCUUGUUAUCACAUAUAUGACCCUAAUGAUACUGUUGUCUCGAGUUGAGGAUCGAAAAGCAGUCUUAGGGUUGUUUAAUGCUGCGUAUGAAAUGGUGCACCAACAGAGCGAUUCAAGCUUUCCACGGCUGGGCCAGAUGAUAGUUGACUAUGAUCCCCCUCUAAAAAAGCUUUCAGAAGAAUUUGUUCCUCAUGUCAAAUUGUUGUAUACUGCUCUCAUCUCUUUAUGGCCUGUUUAUAUUGGCCGUAAUCUAACAGCAGAUAAGUGGAGAUCUGACCAAAAGCUCAGCUUGUUGGGAAAUCCCAAUCUUCUCUUGAAACCAGUUCAGACAGAUACCAUGUCUUGUGAAUUUUUACCUUUGGAUACCAUUGAAAGGUGGAUUAUAUUUGGAUUCCUCUUGUGCCAUGGAGCUCUGGCUCAAGAACAACCAAACAGAUUGUGGGCUAGUGCUCUAGAGUCUGGCUGGGUUCUUGCUCUUUUCCGAGAUGAGGUUCUGCACAUCCAUGGUUAUAUUCAAGGUUUCUUUGAUGGAAUCAAAGGAUAUGGCAAACGUGUCAAUGAGGUCAAAGACUGUUACAACCAGGCUGUUCAGAAAGCAGGAUAUCGGCAUCGUGAGAGGAGAAAAUUCCUUCGCACAGCCUUGAAAGAGCUUGGUCUCAUCCUUACAGAUCAGCCCGGUUUACUGGGGCCCAAGGCUCUUGUUGUUUUAAUGGCACUUUGUGCUGCUCGGGAUGAAGUUCAUUGGCUGUUGCGUCACUCUGACAACCCUCCCCAGACUAAAUCAAAAGGCAAAGCCGCAGAAGAUCUUGUUGAUCGUCAGCUACCAGAACUUCUUUUUCAUAUGGAAGAAUUGAGAGUGCUAGUUCGUAAAUACAGCCAAGUUUUACAGAGGUACUAUGUUCAGUAUUUGUCUGGGUUUGAUGCUGUAGCUUUAAAUCAAAUGAUGCAAAACCUUGCUGUAUGCCCAGAAGAUGAAAGUAUAAUUUUGUCAUCUCUGUGCAAUACUAUUGCCAGUCUCAGUGUGAAACAAGUGGAGGACAAUGAACUUAUGGACUUCCGGCCACUUCGCCUUGAUUGGUUCAGACUUCAGGCAUACACCAGUGUUGGUAAGAGUGCUCUAUCGCUUGCUGAAAAUCGAGAAUUGGCUUCUCUUAUUGACACCGUUGUCUUCCAUACUAAAAUGGUUGACUAUUUGGAUGAAAUGUUGGUAGAGGUAUCAGACCUUUCAAUAUUCUGCUUUUACAGUAAAAUGUUUGAAGACCAGUUCCAUAUGUGUCUCGAAUUCCCAGCGCAAAACCGUUACAUUGUAGCAUUCCCUCUGAUCUGUGGUCAUUUCCAAAGUUGCACCCAUGAAUUGUGCCCAGAGGAGAGGCACCAUAUUCGAGAAAGAAGUCUCUCAGUUGUAAACAUGUUCCUUGAUGAGAUGGCGAAAGAAGCCAAGAACAUAAUAACAACUAUCUGUGAUGAACAGUGCACAUUGAGUGACAAGCUUCUACCUAAGCAUUGUGCUGCCCUUAUAUCACAACUUGCUCACCGCAAGAAGAAGGAGAAGGGAAAAAAGACAACUACUGAAAUCACCAAGCCUGGAGCUGAAAGCUUUAGGAAAACACGUGAAGAACUUACAACCAUGGACAAACUUCACAUGGCUCUCACAGAGCUCUGCUAUGCCAUAAACUACUGCUCCACAAUUACUGUAUGGGAAUACACCUUUGCUCCCAGAGAGUACCUUCACCAGCACUUGGAAACUCGUUUUGCCCGGGCCCUUGUAGGCAUGGUCAUGUUCAAUCCAGACACUAGUGAAAUAGCCAAACCCUCAGAGCUUCUCGCCAGCGUACGGGCGUACAUGAAUGUUCUUCAAACUGUUGAAAACUAUGUGCACAUUGAUAUUACAAGAGUUUUCAACAAUGCCCUACUUCAGCAAACACAGCAGUUAGAUUCACAUGGAGAGAAGACUAUUGCUGCACUUUAUACUCAGUGGUACUCAGAAGUUCUGCUCAGGCGUGUGAGUGCUGGAAAUAUUUGCUUCUCCAUGAACCAAAGAGCAUUCGUUAGUCUCACUGCUGAAGGGGCCAUACCUUUCAAUGCUGAAGAGUUCUCUGAUACAAAUGAGCUGCGUGCUUUGGCUGAACUAAUUGGGCCUUAUGGCAUGCGUUUACUUAGUGAAACACUCAUGUGGCAUAUUGCAAGUCAAGUUCAAGAACUUAAGAAACUUGUUGCAGCAAACAAAGAAGUAUUGUUGUCUUUGCGCACCAAUUUUGAUAAACCUGAAAUAAUGAAAGAACAGUUCAAACGUUUACAGCAUGUUGAUAACGUUUUACAGCGAAUGACUAUUGUGGGAGUUAUUCUUAGCUUCCGCCAGCUUGCACAGGCUGCAUUGGUAGAUGUAUUGGAGGAGCGAGUACCAUUUUUGCUCAGCUCAGUAUUGGACUUCCGACAGCACGCACCUCCAGGCGACAAUGGGAACCUGGCUGACCAAUUGGUUGUAAAUGAAAUGGCAUCAGCUGCUGGUUUGAUCUGUAAGGUUGACCCUAUAUUGGUAGCUGCACUGCGUAAUCAUAAAAGUGAUGUUGAAGAGGACGAACAUCUAUUGGCUUGCCUGUUGAUGGUGCUUGUCGCAGUUUCAAUUCCAAAGCUUGCCCGCAAUGAGAAUUCCUUCUAUCGAGCCUCACUGGAAGGUCAUGCCAACAAUAUUCAUUGUAUGGCCGCGGCCGUCAACAACAUAUUUGGUGCUCUAUUCAGUAUCUGUGGGCAAGGUGACACAGAAGAUAGAAUGAAAGAAUUCCUUGCACUGGCAUCCUCAAGUCUUUUGCGCCUUGGUCAGGAACCAGAUAAAGAGGCUGUCCGAAAUAGAGAAUCAGUGUAUCUUCUGUUGGAUCAAAUUGUGCAAGAGUGUCCAUCUUUGACAAUGGACCUUCUUGAGUCCUGCUUCCCGUAUGCCUUGAUAAGGAAUGCGUACCAUGCUGUGUACAAACAAGAACACUCACAAGCCUAGGAGGCAGUUCUCUUGUGGUCUCACAAUGUUUUAAAGUUAACCCAAAUCUUGUUUUAAGAAAAGGCAUUUUAUUAUCCAUUCAACCAUGUUAUUUUAUACUUUAGUUGUAUGUGCUGCAAAUGAGGUGGCGUUUGUUAAUGUAGGACAUAGUUUAAUGCCAUCAUAUGCCUACACAAUUCAUAUAUUGCCAUAAAUGGAUUUGUUUGAUUGUAGAUGUGAUUGUAAGGGAAGUUAAAGUGGUGUAUAAGAUUAUGAGGGGAUUGAAUAUUUUGUUUGAAUUUAGAACAAAUCAUUUCUUGUUCGGAUUUCUGAAACCGAGCUGACUCGAUUGUUAAUGAAUGAUUGAAUAAUCUUAAAGGAAGCCAAAGUUCUGAUUGGCUGGACUUGUGCAUUGUUUUAUCUCGGUUUUCUUUUCCUGUACCUGUUGGCAUUAAGGUUAAUUAAAGUGAUGAACCAUUGCAGAGACUAAUUCUAUGCAAGACAUUUAUUAACAGUUGAGUCAUCUCAGAGUAGCCUUUUAUAUAUUGCUUAUAUGUGAUAGGAGUUUUUCAUUAUAGGUUUACCUAAAAUGUCUGUAGAUUUUGGAAAUGAUAUUUAUUAGUGUAAAGCUAUGCAUAAACUGUAGCUUGAGCAAUUUUUUUGUGCCCUUUUUUUGACUGAGGAAUGUUUUUAAGAGUCCACAGUUCAUUUGUUUUGAAAAGAAAAGGGAUAGUGGGUUACCAGUCCUGUUCAGUGGUUUCAGAACAAGUACUAUUUUCUUUUCUAUACUAUCUACUAAAUAACUCAUCUUUAUUUCUAUGGUUCAAUCACUCUGAUGUAGGUGAAGUAUACAAGGAUCAAGUGCGGUGUAACAGGUUGUGUGCAUUUAUGUGUGUUCUCAUUUCAUUGUAACUUUCUCUUAGUCCAACCAACAAUCGUUGUAACUUGAUUGUUUUGUAUUAUAUCUUCAGUACAAACAUAAGGUAAGUCCGUGACAAAAUUAAAUGAAUCCAAGAUAGAA